AUGGAGAACACACAGCCUUGGACCCAGCGAUUUGCAGAACCGGCCUUCAAUCCAGCCUCUUCAUCAUCACACGGUGUUUCUUCUUACUUCGUCCGCCCCAACAAGGUGGUCAAGCCGAGCAGUCGGAACAACAGCCCGCGUACUUUAAAGAGGAGAAAGACCACCACAUCCGCUCCUUCAACCACCACCCGUACUAGAUCCUUCGUCGAUCAUCUCCCAACGACCACUGCUGCUCAACAAUGGCCACUGGCAAAUGCCGCUCGCUCGCGCCCCGUGAGUUGGCAUCCAACUUCCAUGGAUGACUUCUAUACCAUUUCCUACAACACCCCUCCUUUGGUUCGCAGUCAAGCCUUACCUGCUUAUGACUAUUCUACCACCAAUGUCAACGGACUGAUCACACCGCUUUCCCAUCCUGUUGCCAAUGAGCCUCAGAUCCAAGAGCUCAUCACACCACUUGACGAAUACCCCGGGCACACCUCGACUUAUUCGGGCAACAGUGGCCUUGCGGAGGAUCAGGCAUGGUUGCUUCAAUCUCAACAGAAAUGCAACCCCUACUCUUUCAAUCUCCCCUACCAAGGGAAUUUGCUCCAGUCCACAUGGCAACCGAACCAGUCACAACAGCCCCCCUCGUCGUUGAAUGUCCACACCGCAGCAUCCUCGCCUGAUUGCCUCCCAUUACACGUCGACACCCUGAGCCUGGAUACGGUAGACUUGGAGAAAGGCCCCUCGGAGGAACUCGUGGGCAUGGGCUUGUACGACUCUCCCGCCGACGUUCAGUCCACUUCGCUUCUAUUUGCCGGCAUUUCCAACGCGACACGGAAGGGCUUGAUAUUGGAGGAAUCUUUCGUACCAGAGGACCGGGACGAUGAGGAGCUUGACGAGGAUGCAUUGGCCGAGGACGACGAGGACGACGAGGACCAAGAUGAAGAGUUGGAGACCCCGUUCGACGGAUCCAGGAAAAUGGAUUACAGUUCUCAAUCAAUCGCCAACCACAUGGGCUUUCUCACCCACCAGGAGCCAAAUUCUCUGGCCACCACAUAUCUUGCAACCCUCGGCCAGCUCAGCAGUGCCUAUUAUCCCACUGCACACCCCGGCUACGGCUGGAUUUAA